AUGGCGGAUCAAUAUCAGGUGCUCGAGGAGCUCGGAAGUAAGACAUUCAAACUCUACUGACACACACAUCGAUCUAUACUGAGUACACCACAGGCGGCUCGUUCGGCACUGUCUACCGCGCUCUUCACAAACCCACGGGCGACUUCGUUGCUAUCAAACACAUCGACCUCGAGGGCAGCGAUGAUGACAUCCAAGAGAUCCAGCAAGAGAUAGCAUUGCUUGCAACGUGCAGCUCCGAAUACGUCACCCGAUAUCGAUCCUCCUUCGUCCGCGGCGUCAAGCUAUGGAUCGUUAUGGAAUACCUCGGAGGAGGCUCCUGUCUUGACCUGCUCAAGCCAUGUCCGAAAGGAAUGGAGGAACGAUUCAUUGCGAUCAUCAUGAGAGAGCUUCUCAAAGGACUCGACUACCUACACAGCACUGGCAAGAUCCAUCGGGAUAUCAAAGCUGCCAACAUCCUGCUGUCGGAAGAAGGACAGGUCAAGAUUGCUGACUUUGGCGUUGCCGCACAGCUGACGAAUAUCAAGUCGCAACGUCUCACGUUUGUCGGAACGCCGUUUUGGAUGGCUCCAGAGGUCAUUCAAGAAGCCGGCUACGACUUUCGCGCUGAUAUCUGGAGCUUGGGUAUCACCGCAAUGGAAAUGGCCUUGGGUGAGCCGCCGAGAAGCGACGUGCACCCGAUGAAGGUUCUGUUCCUCAUCCCGAAAGAGAGGCCGCCGAGACUCGAGGGUAGUCGGUUCACGAGGGAGUUCAAGGAUUUCGUAUCCCUCUGCCUGAACAAGGAGCCGGAGAAGCGGCCCUCUGCGAGAGCUCUCCUGAAGCACGCAUUCAUCAAGAGGGCCGGGAAGACAGAGAUCUUGCAAGAGCUAGUCUGGAAAGCAAGGCAAUUCGAUCGCGAUGGAUUGGAGCGCGAGAAGGAUGUGAGGUACUACGAGGAGACCUUGAAAUCCAUGAACCAUGCGCCCGACGACGAGGAAUGGGUGUUCGACACCAUCAAGCCAGCGGGGGCUAUGCGUACCCUCACUGUGAACAAGAGCACGAUGAAGCGGCGGAGGCUGGAUCGAAUACCUUCAGGAGAUGGUUCAGAGGUAGAGAACGCCACGGCCGCAAUGGAGCAUAUGAGCUUGGAUGCAGCGCCGCUCGCACAAUCUAUGUCGACCACACCAGCUCGCGAGGCCACCACGAUCCGGACACCGAAGCCUAGAGCGGUUAGCAGCCAACGCAAAGUCUCUGCUAUAACAGCUCGCAAGAUCUCAGGCGCCACGCCGGCCGCUCGAAAGGUAUCGUUGGCGUCACCGACGGCACGCCGCAUAUCGAGCAGGAACGUAUCGGGAGCGACUCCCACUGCCAGACGAGUCAGCACGCAGCAACCACCUGUGCCGAAGGUGCCACUUGGAUUGGACAUGUCCUUUGGGAACGGCACUUCCACGGUGCGGCAGUUCAAACGUGUAGCAUCUGGGAAUCGGCCGUCCAGCCCCGAACACUCUGGUACAUCUCCGCAGGAUAGCGUGUUCGAUAGCGACGCCGAGAACAAACCUCCACCUGCCGAGUCAAGCUCUCAACAGCCAGUGCCCGCCACAAAGGAAGCAGUAUUCGGGAGACGUGCGUUCGCGAAGUGUAUCGAUCCGGCUUUGCAAGAAUGCUACGCUGCUACCGCGGAUCGCUCCUCUUCUAAAGCGCUCAGUGGUGUUGCGGAGGCUUGGUCGAAGCUGGAUGAAGUCGAUCCUGAGGGCGAGCUGUUGCUACUAAAGAGCAUCAUUGACCGAGUCCAGGCAGAUCCCAAACUCGCCAGCAUGCUGAUGCCUCAGCGCGUUGCCAAUGCUCAACUGGCAUCCCUGCGCCUGUCACCAUCGAAGAAGGCUCCCCUUGUUUCCGAAAGCGAAGUCGGCGCCCGAGACAUGACACCUCGGUCUUCACCUUCAAAGUCUGUCUAUGCCCGCGAGUCUACUGGCUCGCUACGAUCGCCGAGCAAGCGCGAGAAUCUCAGUCCUGGCAAGCUCGUGUUGAGCCCACAGAAUCCGCAACUCAAGAAGAUGCGGUCGAGCCAACAGCUACAAGCCGAAAGGGAGAAGGCUGCUCUGGAGGAGAAAGCGCGGCUGGAAGAGAAGAUGCCGGGUGGGAGAGUCGAGCCAGGGAUGGAACAUGCUGGUCUCCUCGCCGACGUGCUAUACGGAAGGUGGACUGAGGGCUUGAAGUUCCGCUGGCCGAUGGCCUAG